AUAAAUUGUAUUUGUUAAUUUUUAAUUCCUCAUUAAAUGCGUGUUUAUGUUUUUUUAAAAUUUAGCUCUUCCUAUCCAAACUUCAAAAACACCACCAGUUGAUUCUUCAGACCAGACUGCUAAAUCUGUUUUAGAAUUAACAAAUAGAAACUUUAAUACAGAGGCAUCUAUUCAUGCAGAAAAACGUCCAAGAUCUCAUUCUCUUUCUCAAUUACCUGACCCCUGGCAUUCAGAACUUGGAAACAGGGAUGCAGAACAGUCCAAGUCCAAAAUUUUGCCAGAUGUUGGAAAUAAAAUGCUCACAAAGGAAAGUGAAUUUUAUGUUCAUAACAAUGAAAAGUUGAAUAAAAAUACGAAGAAAAUUGACAUUUUAGAAGAUCAAAAACUGAGUGAUGAUGAAAAUAUGGUUAUAUGUGAGGAAGAAACAGAAGGUGUUUCCAAUCACAAUAUUCCAGUUAUAGAUCUUGAAUGUAAGGAACAAGUUACAGAAAGUGAUAAUGAUAGCCAGACUGAUGAUGAACCUUAUAAUAUUAACAAGGCUUUCCCACAGCAGCGAUUUUCUCCUAAGAUGACUCAUAAUCAGUCAUCUGAAGUACCUUGUUGUCCAAAACCUAUUAAACUUCCUCCAAUGACAACACCUCACACAACACAAUCUUCUGUGGUUUGUGUAAAUUCAUCUACAGGGUUGUUUUUCAACAAUAACAGUGAAAAUAUAUCUGUCUCAAGACCUCUUUCUCUACAAUCCAGUUUUCGGCCUACUGGUGCAGUGUUUAAAGAAGUUCAGUCACCAAAAGUUAAUGGAGUGGAAAGUUUUACUUAUGUACCUGAAGAUCACAGUGACAGAAACAAUAAGAGACUUAUUCGAGAUGAACAUCAUGUGCAAGGAGAUGCUAGUGGUAUUAAUCAAACCAUGUCCAGGAGUCCUCUUAUUCAAUUAACACCACCCCAGUCCCAAACUUCAAUUAAUUCUACCACUUCUCAUAAUAUAGAAUGCAAUAUACGAAAACAAGAAAUGUCUCCCAAUCACAAACAAAGUGAUCUAAAAAAUAUAGACAAACUUUGUAGGAAAAAUACACUUUCUGUACCAUCAAAUGUUACUUUUGAUGAAACUGGUUCAACUCAGACUCUCUAUAAUUUGAAUAAGAAUGUUCCCAGUCCAGUUUCAGUUAUUUGUAAUUCAAUAGACAAUGUUUUACAAAAAACUCAAUCAAAUUUAGGGACAGCCUGCAAUACAAAAGAUAAUCAGAAUAAUAUGGUUAUCAGUCCACCCAAUGUAGGUACCUCUCAAAAUAGAAUAGAUACUAAUGUACUCACUCAUGAACAAUGCAAUUUAAGUACAUCUACUCAUGGUGUUACUAGUUCUGUUGUUACAAACUUUGUAUUGAAACCAGCCAAUCAAAUACCUUCUCAAGGAUAUAUGAGUGGACAAGUUGUCGCAAUGUCUGCUAGUCAGAUGCAAGUUGUACCACAAUCAAAUGUUGGACAGGUCCAAUACAUUUUACCUUCUUUUAUGCUACAGACUUCAGAUGAUACAAAAGGAGGUUUUAUACAAGUUUCUCUUCCUUGUCAAGAUAACAUUCAGUUUUCACCUACUUCAUACAGUAACAUUUCUCCCAAUAAUGCAGGUGUAAGGAUUAACGAAAAUAAUCAAAAUAGUGGUGUCACAACAGGAUUUUCAUCAUCAGCAAACAUGAAUAUUUCUGGUAACCAGAGUACUUUAAUAUCACCUCAAGUCAUUACUCUGUCUCCAGUGACAACUACAACAACUGCUACUCAACUUUAUUUGGCUAGUCCAUCUGCAUCUGUUACUCCUCCUCAGCAUCUUGUAUUACCUAUCAAUGACAGAUCUCAUUCAUCAGAGUCUCCUGCUUUAAUAAAACAAAAUAAUACUGAAUCAAGAAUUUUAUAUCAGUCAUCUGUUGGAACAAAACAAAAUGGAAUCUCUCAACAUUCUGAAAAAUUAGACAGAAAUAAACCAAUCUUGAUUACAGAAACAUCUCAAGAUACAAGCAAAAUGAAAGUUGGAGAUUACAGAAGAGAAGAUACAAAUAAAGAAAAAAAGAAGACACUUCCUUCUCCUCUUGGAUUAUCGCCUCUUAAAACAGUGCCAACAACAGUUUCCUCAUCACAAGUAACAGAAAGUUCUCUCUCACCUAAAUCUCCUAAUCAAAACAUUAGUUCUCCAUCACCAUCUCAGACUUUUGUGUUAGCACCCACUCCUGCACAGUUAGGUUGUGCUCCUGGGCAACAAAGACAAUCUCAAGGAAGAAUAUCUACUGAAUCAAAAACUGAACAAAUAUCUGAAAAACAGGGAGGAGAGCAGUCAUCUCAAAAUUCUUUACAAAAGGAGUUAACAAGGAAAACACUUUUUAAAAGAAAUGAUGAUGGAAUGAAUAAAGUUUUGAAACAAGUAAAUUUUGAAGCACAAUUUGCUCAGCUUCCUGAAUAUAAUCCUGAACAGUCUCCAUCAGGUAUUUCUUCUCUUCCAAAUUCUCCAUUUGUACAGAAUUAUUGUAAAAAAAGACGAUUGUCUAGUAAGUAUUAACAAAAAGUUAUUAUUAUUUAAAAUAAAAUAAUUAAUAGUCUAUUUACUUAAAACAAACAAACAAAUAUUUUCAUAAUAAUUUCUUUUUCUUCAAAUUAUCAACAAAUGAUUCAUCAAGAGUCAAUUUGAAAUUAAAAGUUACAUUUUUUUUUAUAUUUCCUUAUUCACUGAAAUAUAAAAAUCAUUUAUAUGGACUAAUAACAUAUGAUAAACAACAUUUCCUGAAAGUUCGGUCUAAUUUUCUGAAAUAUUACAUUAAUCAAAAUAAAAGAAGUUUGAAAGUAACGUAUAAAAAAUAAUUUAAAUCUCAUUACUUAAUACAUUUAAUAAAUCUGAAUAAAGAUGAUGUACUAGCUACUGUGGUAACUUAGCUGAAUCGCUUAAUGCAUUUUUAACAGUUGUAUUUUUAAAUAAGAGUAAUUAAUGAGAUAUUCUCAGUUAAAAGACAAAUUCUAGUGUUGGAUGAAGGGAAAGUCUUCAAUAAAGUAGACAAGCAGGUGGGGUGGGCUAUGAUGGUGGUGGUUGAUAUGAGUGAGUGAGGACAUACUGCCAGCUAUGGGAGUAUGUUCUCACUCACUUUGGAGUCCUUGUUAUUUAUACAUGUAUUGGUAUCAGUGAUUAUAAAUUUCACAUCUCUCCACAAUGCUGGCAUGGGAGUGGUGAGAAACUGUUUGGAUUUCAAAUCCAAUUUAUUUUUUAACUAUUCUUUAAUUUGGAUAGAACAACAUGAAAGCAGAAUAGGGAACAAUGACUUCAUUGUGAAUCAGUCCUAUUAUAUAUAUAUAUAUAUACACACUGAGUGGCCAAAAAGUUAGAGAAGCCCCUUUGAAUUUGAAAAUAAAUCAGUCUGACAGUGAUAUAGAAUGACAUAACAACACAGAGUUGCUUAUAUAAGGUAUGCUCAGCUUCAGAUGAUGUAGUUAUCAUGGAAGUUAAUGUCAAAAUGGGUAAGACGAAAGAUUUAAGUGACUUUGAAUGAUUAUCUGUGCAAGAAGAGCUGGUGUCAGCAUCUUUGAAAUGAUGACUUUUUUAUUUUCUUGCCCAAUAGUAUCGCGGGUGUUUAGAGAGUAACAGUUGAGAAAAAAAAACUUUAAGCAAUUUGGACAAUUCUAGUUGAAAAAGGUUGGUGAACAAGAGAGGUGAAAGACGAUUAGCACACAUAGUCCACAGCAACAGAAGGGCAACAACACGACAAAUUACAGCUGAAUUCAAUGCAGGUGCAUCACAAAGCAUAUCUCAAUGCACAACAAAAUACACUUUGCAAAAGAUGGAGUUUAUUAUCAGGAGACCAUCAAGAGUGCCUUUGGUAUCACAGAAAAAUAGGAAAAGGCACCUGUUGUGGGCCCAGGAAUGACGAAAUUGGUCACUUGAGGACUGAAAAAAAUAGCCUGGUCUGAUGAAUCUCAUUUCCUUCUCCAACAUGCAGAUGGCAGGAUCAGAAUAUGGCACGAAGAGCACUAUUUCAUGACCCCUCCUGCCAAAUGACACUUCUUCAGGCUGGUGGCAGUGGAAUUAUGGUCUGGGGAAUGUUUUCCUGGAAUACACUAGGUCCUUUGAUAUUUGUGGACACAUCUCUG